AUGGCGGUUGACGAUGACACGGAUGAUGAAGAAGGUGCACGCGAUGACAUCGAAGGACUGCUUAAUGAUGCAUUUGGAGAUAUACCUCAUGCUGAGGGUGUUAUUGUAGGUCAAAAUGAAGAGGCUAAAAAGUUUUACAAUUUAAUAGAUGGGGCAAGUCAAGAGUUAUACCCGGGUCGCAAUAAAUUUUUUACAUUAUCUUUUACCAUCCGUCUGUACUUGUUAAAGUGUUUGCACGGUUGGAGGAAUGCCUCCUUUACUUCACUUCUUGAGCUAUUGAAAGAGGCAAUGCCUGACAUUAACAUACCUUCAUCUUUCCAUAAGACGAAGGCCAUGAUAAGAGAUUUAGGUCUGGAUUAUAAAAAAAUUGAUGCUUGUCCUAAUGAUUGCCUCCUAUAUAGAAAAGAACUAAAGGAUGAAAAACAAUGUCGUGUGUGUAGAACUUCUCGAUAUACUAAAAAUUCUAGUGAUAAUAGUGAGAACCAACCUGACAAGAAAGGUCGUCCUAUUCCUGCAAAGACUCUGAGAUACUCUACUAUAAUUCCAAGACUUCAGAGAUUAUUUAUAUGCUCAAAGACGGCAGCUAGUCUGAGGUGGCAUGAUGAGGAGUGCGUAAAAGAUGGGACGUUAAAGCAUCCUGCUGAGGGCUUGGCUUGGAAGAACCUUGAUGAAAUGGAUAAAGAAUUUGAAAAAGAAUCACGCAAUAUUAGACUAGGCUUGUCAAGUGAUGGGUUCAACCCAUUCCGUAGCAUGAACAUUUCAUGGAGCACGUGGCCCGUGAUGUUGAUGGUAUACAACUUGCCUCUGUGGAUGUGUAUGAAACCCGAAUAUUGUAUGCUUUCUUUGCUUAUUCUUGGGCCACAAUCACCUGGUAAAGACAUUGAUGUGUAUCUACAACCAUUGAUAGAAGACUUGAAGUUGUUGUGGAAAAUAGGGGUCGAAACUUAUGAUGCAUCAAAGAAUGAGACCUUUCAAAUGCGGGCAGCUCUUUUGUGGACAAUCAACGAUUUUUCUGCUUAUGCUAUGUUGUCUGGGUGGAGUACAAAGGAAAAAUUGGCUUGCCCUUGUUGCGACAAAAAUACCUGUAGCUUACAACUAAAACAUAGUCGGAAGAUAGUUUAUAUAGACCAUUGUGUCUUUUUAUCCAUGGAUCAUCCAUGGAGAACCAAUACAAGGUCUUUUAAUGGGAAGCAGGAAUUAAGAUCCCCUCCACCUGUUAUAGAAGGAACUGAAAUUUUUGAGAUGCUACAAAAUGUUGAAAAUGUCUUUGGGAAGAAGCAAAGUACAUCAAAUAGUUUCCCAUGA